AUGAAAGCAAGGCCCGUGUUGAGUGGAUUGAGGAGACGUGUCAGCUACGGAAGUCGAGCUGCAGAAUCAUACUCGCAAAAUCCCUUCUUACCGGGGGAUGAUUUUAGGAUUCAAAUUCGCACAAACGGAUCUAUAUCUUCACACAUAACACAUUCCUGUUCAUUUUGCAUUAUCGGUGGAGAUGUUGACCAAAUUUGAGACAAAGUCGGCCCGAGUGAAAGGGCUGAGUUUCCACCCAAAGCGGCCCUGGAUUCUCGCUAGUCUGCACAAUGGUGUCAUCCAGCUCUGGGAUUAUCGCAUGUGCACUCUUAUCGACAAGUUUGAUGAACAUGAUGGUCCAGUCAGAGGUAUCGACUUCCAUAAGCAGCAGCCUCUGUUUGUGUCUGGAGGAGAUGACUACAAGAUCAAGGUUUGGAAUUACAAGCUGCGUCGGUGUCUUUUCACUCUUCUUGGACAUCUUGACUACAUUCGCACCACAUUCUUCCACCAUGAGUAUCCCUGGAUCUUGAGUGCUUCAGAUGAUCAGACCAUUCGUAUAUGGAACUGGCAGUCCAGGACGUGUGUCUGUGUGCUGACGGGACAUAAUCACUAUGUGAUGUGCGCUCAGUUCCAUCCCUCUGAGGACCUGGUGGUGUCGGCAAGCUUGGAUCAGACUGUGCGCGUGUGGGAUAUUUCCGGUGAGGAGGCUUGGGACAGGAUUGAGUGUUUUGGGAAGGCUGGGGAGGUGGGAAUGGAGAAAGAGAACAUGGAGGAAGAUGAAGGCUGCUUGUUGCCAUUGUCUUCCUCAUGUCCUCUUUUUACAUUGUGUACAGAACAGACUCUGUGGGCUCAAAGCAAAAAUACCUCUCACAUUUGUCUUUUGAUUUGAUCUAUAUAUCCUUUGUAAGAUUACAUCACUUAAAGGUGAUUCUUUUAUGGAACAAUUCA